AUGAAAAAUAUAGCAGAAAGUUUCUCUGCUAGUGGUCCAGUUAUCACUAAUGAAGAAGUAUUCCAGUAUGUGUUAGAUGGUUUGGGACCUGAAUUUGAUGCAGCGGUGGUUAACUUGACCACACGACUUGAGUCCAAUUAUGUCCAUGUUGCUGCUGUGAGUAAUGCUGGUCUUAAGUCAACCCUCAUCAACACCAAUAGUCCUUCAAAUGAUCCUGACAAACUUUCUAGGGCAGUGUUACUACAGGAAGAACUUAAUGCUGGACUCUAUCAGUUGAGACUUCCCUCCGUCAGUCCUCUACCUUCCUUCGAUCACUCUACUGCACCUCUUAAAUGUCAAAGCUUUGUCUCAUCAAUUGAACCUACCAAAGUAACUCCUAUUGAACCUGAGUCUAAUGUUAAGAAUAAGUCUGCUGUUGUUGAUAAUGAGUCUGUAGGAAGCUAUGUUAAAACCUCAAGUCUUGUUACCUGCAAUAAUACCGUGUCUAGACUUAAGAACAAAUCCACAAACUGUCUUAAGGAUAGCAGUACCAAAAAUAGCAGUAAUAAAAUAGCUAGUGAAUCUGUUUUGAAAAAUUGUAAUUCUAUUACCUUCAAUAAAGAUGGUCCUACUUUGACACAUUGUACUAGUAUUUCUGACAUAUCUGUUGUUAAUGCAUCAUCAAAUACUACUCAUGAUAAUUGUUUUAAAACUACUAAGGUUAAUUAUUUUGUUAUUGUUAAUAAUGAUUCUGAUAUACAUGUUACGUCUUGUUCUGCUACUGUUGAUAAUGAUUCUCAUAUACCUGCUAUUAUUAAUAAUGAUUCUUAUAUACCUGAUGCAUCUUGUUCUGCUAUUGUUGGUAAUGAUUCUCAUAUACCUGAAGCAUCAGCAUAUUGUUUCCAUGUGCCUGGUGUUGCUAAAGCUAAUGGUUAUGCUAUCAUUGAUAGCAAUUCUGAUAUGUCUGAUGCAUUAGCAUGUACUGUCAAUAUUCCCUUACAUACUAUCUCUGAUUAUGGUUCUCAUGUAUCUGAUAUUGCAACUUCAUUAAAUACAAAUCAUGUUGAAAUAUACAGAAAUCAUUUGUCUAAUGUAGAUGCAUCUAUUUCUACUACUUCUAACUUUAAGUCCAGCAUCACUGACUACCCAUCCUUAGCAUUACAAGCUGUUAGCAACAAAGAAAUUGUUUCCUCACUUUGGCACAAUCGUCUAGGUCAUCCACACUCAAUAGUUUUUAAUAAAAUCAUGCGUCAAGUGCACUCAAAUUCAUCACAAACCAUUCCAGCCCUAUCCUUUUGUGAUGCCUGCCAACUUGGUAAAGUACAUAGAAACCAUUUUCCUAUCUCUAAUUCUAGAGCCACUAAACCAUUAGAAUUGAUUCAUAGUGAUAUAUGGGGUCCUGCUCCAAUUGCAUCUUUAGAAGGGUUCAAAUACUAUAUCCAUUUUGUAGACGAUUAUAGCCGAUUUACAUGGUUAUUUCCCUUAAGAACCAAGGCUGAAGUGAAAUCUAUCUUUAUCAAAUUCCAUCACUUAGCCGAGAGACAAUUUCAACAUAAAAUCCAUUGUUUACAAUCUAAUCAAGGGGGUGAGUAUAGAGGUUUAGUGCCUUACUUAACAAAAUCAGGAAUCCAGUUCAGGUACUCGUGUGCUCAUGUCCAUCAACAAAAUGGAUGUAGUGAAAGGAAGCAUAGACACUUAGUAGAGACAGGUUUAACCUUGCUAGCACAUCCAUCCAUGCCUAUGCAUCUCUGGUGGUUUGCAUUUGACACUGCUGCUUUUCUAAUAAAUAGAAUGCCAAUUGUUGUUUUGGAUUUUAUUUCACCAUAUCAGUUCAACCACCUGUUGUGUCCAACAAAAAAGUCUCUAGCAGAACUAAGCUCUCAAGUUAGUCCUCCUUCAACAAUUGGAGUAUCAAAUUCUAUCUCACCAUUACCAUCCUAUAAGUUUGCCCUUGCUCAUAAAAACAUAUCCAAUUUACCUACUGAUUCCUCUCCAAAUCCUUUAAACUCAGUACCUAGUUCAUCAAAUCCAGUAUCCAAUCCUCAAAAUCCCUCACUUGAACUAAUACCUCCUCCCUAUAAGCAACCUGAUUCCAAAACCUCAAACCAUACACUUGAAAUAGAUCUGACCUCUUAUCCACCUCUUAAUCCUCCUGUUAUUUCUCAAUCAUCCUCUGCUCAAGAUCUUACUCACUGCCCACUUGUAGUUGACUUGGCACCCUCACAUUUUCUCACUAUAUCAAUUGAUCAGCCUCCAAAUAUAAACACACAUCCCAUGUUAACAAGGUCCAAAACCAACUCUUCAAUUACCCUUAACCAUUCCAGAAAAACUGCACUUAUUUUAUCUGAUAACACACCUGUCCUUCUUGAACCCUGUUCUGUGAAAGAGGCGUUAGCUACUGCUGAGUGGAAAGAAGCUAUACAAAUGGAAUUUGAUGCCCUAAAGAACAACACCACCUGA